AUGAAUGUAGCGCUCUAUACGUUUUUAUCAGAGGUACUGAGCUGCCUGCCCCUCCCCCUCUCUGUCCUCUCUUCCCAUCUUUCCCCUUCGUUGCCCUCUAUACCCAACUCUUCUUUUCUUCAUUCCCUCUCCUUUCUCUCUGCCCCGCUCCUCCCCUCUCUGUCCCUCUCUCCCGUUCUCUUUCCCUCUCUCCCUCUUCCUCUCCUUCACUCCCUUUCCCUGCCCCUCCCUUUCCAUCUCUUCCUCCCUCCCCUGCCCCUCACGCACAUGGCAUGGCAGGGCGGCGCCUGUUGGAACCGUGUGGUGGUGCGCUACUGCGACGGCGCUUCCUUUUCUGGCAACAAGAGCUACCGCAUCGAAGUACCGGGCACCAACUCGUUCAUCUUCUUCCGAGGCAGACACAUCAUGCCGGCCAUCGUGAGCCAUCUCCUGCAGCACCACAACCUGCGGGCGGCAUCGCACUGCAUGGGCGACGGGGGCGUGUUUCUGGACACUAAGGACGUGGGGGGGCAGCACGAGAUGAGGCGGCUCUUCUCAGCCGUGGUCAGACUGCAGGUAGGCUGCACGGGGCACUGUAAAGUACAGCUGGGCUGGUUGGGGCUACAGAUGCGCGAUGGGGGCGUGUUUCUCGACACCAAGGACGUGGGGGGGCAGCACGAGAUGAGGAGGCUCUUUUCGACCGUCGUCAGGCUGCAGAAAGUGUCAGUGCACGAGGGGCUGUUUUGA